AAACAUACAUUACGACCGCACAAAGGUCCCAGGGUGGGAGAGAGAGGUUCUACCGUCCGAGAGAGAGAGAGGUUUGGAAUUUUGACGCGAUGGUGGAAGUUUCGGUAUUCAGCUACACAGGGAUCAGAGAUUGGGUGCUUAAUCUGCUGAUCCCACUAUCCAUAGGGGUGGUUCCACUAUCGGUAGGGGUGGUUCUCGUCGGAGCGCUUCAGUACUUCGUUUCGGAGCUCAUGCGUUCUUCUCAGUCUGCCAAAAUCGUCAAACAAGGGCAGGUUGCUACUAGGGCUAGAAACCCACGGGCUGGGGCGAAUUUCAUUCCUGCCAAGUCAUUCCGAGCUAAUGAGGAUCAAUGGUUGGCAAGUAGCAGCUGGUAUCUUCUUCCUGAAGAUCUAGUGAUUGAUCAGAUCCUCUCGAGAUUGCCCGUCAAAUCUCUAAUGCGAUUCAAGAGUGUUUGUAAAAGAUGGCAUUCUCUUCCUACAAACCCUAGCUUUAUUGCCUCACAUCUCAAACAUAGAAAUACUCCUAAUACGCUGGCCAGUUGGAAUGGUGACAAUGGUCUCAUAGUUGGGCAUGAAGGCUUUCACUUAUUCACAGUAUGUUCUCUCAAAUUUGCCUUCCAACCUGUGAAUCUUAAUUUUGGGUUUGACAGGAAACCAGAUUUAGUUUUGGGUCCUUGUGAUGGCGUGUUUUGUCUACAUUGGAGGCCUAUUGAGUUUUUUUCACAUGGACCUCUUGUUGAGCGGCUACCAAUUAUUGCACUGUGGAACCCUGCAACUAGGGCAUUUAGCAUUCUCCCCAUGUCCAAUUUUGACUUCCCACCAUAUAAGAAGGUGUAUUCUUGCCUGGUUGGGUUUGGCUUUGAUCUCACAGCUAAAAGUAUCAAGGUGGUUAAAGUUGUAAAUUUCCGCGGGGUUGAAGCGUACCAAUAUGUUUACAUUAAUUAUGCUGAAGUUUACGACUUAAGCUCUGGUUUUUGGAGAGUUCUCCCCGUGGAUGAUACUGUCCAAAAGGUUUCUGUUCACGAUGUUCCAACCCACGGCAUGUACAACAACAACGAUGGUGUUUUUCAUUGGCACUCAGUGCGCAGGUUUCGUGGAAUCGGUGUGCCUUACAUUCACCUAGUUCUUUCGUUUGACAUAAGUCGGGAGUUGUUCCAUGUGACACUGAUGCCAGAGAAGUUCAACGCAUUAAUUUCGAGUCGCCGUAACAGAUUUAAGGUUUGUCACUUCUCACUGCUUAGGGACUCCCUUGCGGUAAAUUUAUCUUUCGCCAAGGAAGGCCACAAAAUAGUUGAACUAUGGGUGAUGAAGGACUUCUGCCGUGUGGUUGAGGCUGGGCAAUCCUUCUCCUCAUACAGUUGGUCACAUGAAUUGACUGUGGAGCAGCUAUGUUCCGAAGCAUGUGUCACAACGGGUUUCUGGAAUAAAAAUGAGCUUCUGCUGUGGAAAAUAGACCGGCAGCUGAGAUAUACCCCAUUCUUGUAUGACAUUGUUGCCAAACAGGCUAGGGAUUUGCGUGAGCUGAAUUUCCUAUACAAAGAGAGCCUAGUUUCAGUUAAGGGAGGCUGUGGAAAUGACUCCAUUCCGUAUUGAGUAUCAAUUUACGUAUAAAUGACAUCGGUGUUCUUUGGUUUUCUUUCAUUUGGCGAAGCACAGUUGUGGCUGUAAUGUUCAUUAUUUAUGGCACUGCUAGUGAGAGGGCUCUACAUUGUUCAAUACUCGAUGUUUUAACAUUAUUUGGUAUUUGGUGUCUGUAAUUUUUUGGAUUAU